AUGAUGAACUCGUUUAGCAAUUUGGAGUGUGAUAAGGUAUUUGGCAAAGAAGAUAAGCCAUUCUCGUUUCUAGAGUAUUUCUCUUAUCAAAGCGAGUUUACCAAUAAUUUCUUUGGAUUGGAAGAUGAAAUUAUUUCCUCUGGCAACUAUGAUUAUUAUCUUCCAUCUGCCUCAAGCUUUCUGGCUUUACCUGAUCUUGAACCCAUCUCCAUCGUCUCUCAUGAAGAUAUACUUAACGACUACGGUUCUGUUUCAUGGACUGAAAAAGAGUCAGUGUUUGAUGAACAUCAAAGAGAAGAUUUUGAUUUGGUGAAAGAGACUGAAACUAUCAAGAAAAGAGUCAGAGAAGAAUGUGCUUAUAGUAGCUAUGCUGCAAAGCCAUUGUCGAAGGAAACCAUCUCAUUGUACUAUGACAUGCCAAUAGCUCAAGCGGCUAAGGAGCUUAACAUUGGUUUAACUCUUUUGAAGAAGAAAUGUCGUGACUUGGGUAUUCAGCGUUGGCCUCAUCGUAAGUUCAUGAGCCUAGAUAAUCUCAUCGAGAAUGUCAAGAAGUUGGAGAAAGGGGAAGGGAACGCAGAUGAGCAAAGAAAAAAAUUGGAAAAGCUCACGAAGGAGAAGAAAAGGAUGAAGGAGUCUCCAGAUUUGGAAUAUGAGGAUAAGACAAAGAGAUUGAGACAAGCUUGUUACAAGGCUAACCAUAAGAGAAAGAGAAGACUUGUCAUGUCUACGUCAACCACAUGA